ACAGAGUCAGCCCGACUCACUCAUAAAAUCACCAGCCCUCUUCUCACCGUGCCAGGCUACGACAUUGUCGUUCCAAAGGCUCUGGUCGCAAAACACCGAGAUUCCAGCGCCAGCCUCUCCAGGGAGCGAGGAGGUGGCAGACCCCCCAGUCACCAUCGUGUGAAUAUAACGUGUGCAACGAGUUACAUCUCUCGAAAAUGUCCUGCCUGUUAUCGAUGGCUGUCCAGGAUUUAUUCUCACAGACAACUUUCUUAUUUUAGAAGCUAUUCCGGGUUUUCAGGAUUGCAUCUAUGUUGGUUCUUGUUCAAAUCAAACCACCCGAUAUUCACAAGAGAUCGCAAGCAGUGAGUUAUGUUUUAAAGGGUUGAUCAUUGACCUUGGAAAUGAUUCGUCGCUGUACAGGAUAAAUACAACAUUCCGAUGCAAUAGUAAGAUCAUCUUUAGUUUUUUAAAUAGGUACAUUGCGUACUUUGUUUUUCAGGUUUGAAAGAACUCCGGAAAGUCCUCUAACGGUAUUAAGACACGCUAGCUACUAAGAUGUAAUGGUUCAAGAUGUGUAACACAAGUUCUCAGCCAUUUAUUUUUCUUACACUAUAAUAGGCACUUGUCGUAUGCAACAUGCUGACUUGCUUUUAAAAAGGACGCUGGAUGAGACAACGUCUUAGAAAAUGAAUAAUUAACUUGACAGAAUGUUAAAGUACUCUUUUCCUUUUCGGUAAACUCUUGAAAGUCGACAUUGAGACCGCCAAUUGAGUCAAACUUUGUUUUGGGGGAUACUUCUUGGUUGAGAUAUCUUUGUUUGCCAGUCGACCAGAUUUAGGGUUAUUGUGUGCCAUUGUGACUUACUUCAUAUAAAUCACGGGAUGUUGCGACUUGUCUUUUACGGUGGUGAAAAACCUUAUGUAUGAUGUAACUAAGAGUGAGGUUAAUACUCUCUGACAUUAAAACCCCGGCGGCCCCUUGUGGCAUGAGAGAGAUCGAUUUCCACUGAUGAGAAUGAGCAGGAGUAUCGAGUACCCGUCGGAGAAAAACGGGGAACCGUCUUGUAUUGAGGCUGAGCAGAGAUCCGGGGAGACAAAGAUGCUGAAAUCGGAGCAGAGCCAGGACGAGGCAGAGACGAGCGACUGGAGCGAAAAUGAGGACAGUCACUCCGGCAAACUGGACGCCAACUCGUGUAAAGGGAAACUGGCAGCCUUCCUCAAGACAAACCUGGUCCAGUACAGCAUUAUUGCCCUCGUCAUCCUCGACUGCCUUAUCAUCGUCAUGGAGUUACUCAUUGACAUGAACAUCAUUGUUUUUCCAGAAGACGACCCCCACCAUCCCCCUGGAGAAGGUUCUUCCCACCAUCCUGUAGCUUUCGCCAGCCGGAGUUCAAACCUCACUGGAGACAAUCACACCGUCUACCCUGCACAUCAUAUACAUACUCACCAUGACAACAGUUCAAACCUCACGAUGUAUGGGAACGACAGCGCCCACGCUGCUCCUGUGCAUCAUCACACGAACAAGGAAAAGGCAGAGCACGUCCUUCACGCACUCAGUCUGACCAUCCUGUCUAUAUUCAUGGUGGAGGUUUGCGUGAAGAUUUAUGUAGAGGGUAAACACAUGCUCAAGCAAAAAGCUGAGGUAUUUGACGCUAUAGUGGUCAUCGUGUCCUUUACCUUGGACAUCACCUUCAGUUUUGUGUCCGUGAGCAAAGCAGCAAGCGAGGCGGCUGGUCUGAUGGUCAUCCUCAGACUUUGGAGGGUCACCAGGAUCAUCAAUGGGGUGAUUAUGUCGGUCAAAUUGGACGCAAACAAAAAGAUGGAGGUACACAAGAAAGCCAGACGCAAAUUGGAGAGGGAAAACAAACGACUUCAGGCCAAGAUAGAAAGGCUUGAGAGAGAGGUGGCCACACUCAAACAAAAAAUGGCGACCUCCAGCACGCCUCAGAUGUCAUUUGAAAUGCAGUCUGGACUUUCAGUUGAGCGAAGUCCCAGUGGUGAGAUGAGAGAGAACUCUGCCCAGGUGUAAGCGACACCGAAAACCCCAACGACUUUGACCUUUGCCCUAACAGGGACCACUCCUCAAGAGUAACCGACAUUUGCUGUAACCAGGACCUAAACAACAUUUGGUACAACUGAUGUAACGCUUAAACUGUUAGAGUUUGCAUUUUUUUAGACUUACUAAGAUUAAGCGAUGUUGGACCCUAAACCCUAUCUACAUGUUUUUAUUCGUGACUUGCAAACUUACACAACUACCAACUACGCCCACCAGUUAUGACAUCAACUGCACUGGCGUCUAAGUGCAGAAGAACUUUGACCUUUCACUUUUGACUCCAUUCAAUGACCGACCAAUACCCUAAACAGUUGGCUUCCAGCUGCGUUAUUGAUUUCAACAAAUUGGGCAUGAAUAGAUGUGACACGAAUAACACCUUUGACCUUCAUCAGGAAUCAUUGCUUGUAGUACAGGACCCUUUCUGUGCUGACUUCCUGCAAUGAUGACCUUCGCACUUUGAACCCUACACCUUUGACUUAAGCAGAAAAGACCCCUUGAUCGUCACGGAAAUUCGACAAUCCAAUCCUUCUUCUAUGUUUCUCAAUGCACGAACGACAAAUAAUAAUUCCCUUAACAACUACCUUACUGGAAUGUAUACAUUUAAAAAUAAUAAUUUGUGUGACUUUCAUUUAGAUUGAAUAUUUUUAAGACUUCUAUUUUCUACUCUUCUGAGACAAAACUUACAAAAGAAAAGACACCCCCCCCCCAAUCAAAUCCCAUUCCCUCGCCCUCUUCUUCUCCCCGUUCAACAAAAAGAAUGCUGUGUGUGGCAUGUAAUAAAGAAUCAAUUUAGUGAUCAAAAUUAUUUAAAUAUAUAUUUUUAUGUGUGUGUGGGAGGGGAGAUGCGAAGUCGUCCAGUUAGCGGUUAGAUUUUGAAAUACUUAAUCUAAUGUAUAUGGUGUCAUCAUAUGUCCUUGAGGUUCCGAGUUGGGAUAUUGAAAAUCAACAUUUUCAAAACCCCGGCCUAAACAGAUUUGCUUUAUUUUCAGCUGUCAAAAAAAACUUCGAAAAGGAUUUCCGAUCAGACUCAGAUUGGCGCUUCUGUUCCACUAGUUUUGUGAGUUCUGAACUUUAGGUUUUGUACUGCGAAUAUGUUCGUCAAAAAAAAAAAA